AUGGACAUUGACGCCUACCGCCUCCAGACGCAAGAAGACACGAUGUCCAGGAGAAAGACCGAAAUGCUCGACGUGUGUGCGCCUGCGACAGAAUUGUCAGUAUGCGCGGACCGGCUGGGAUCAGGAUCGGGAGCAGGAGCAACCGCGCCAGGAGCACUCGGAGUAUCUCACCUGGCCCGGGUGCACGUGGCUCUGGCAAAGAGCCUGAUGCAGUGCUCCGGCCUCGACACGGGCACAGCCUCGUCCUCCUCCCUGGGGCGGACGAAACUACAGGACGAUCAGGCCCGAUUGUUCUGGAGCGUCUUCACCCUCGACCAACUGUUUGGCAUGCCGGUGCGAGUGCCGGUGCUGUCGGACAGUCUGGCCACUCCCCACUAUGCGGCGAUGCCCAAGACGCAGACGCCGACGCCGGGGCUGCUAGCCUCGUCGAUUCCAUGCCCGGCGUUCCCGCACGAGGCGUACAACGAAUACGACGAACCGGGGAUCGGCAUGUGGUCGCACAUGGUGCAGCUGAUCAACGUCUGGAGCUCGACCCGGAACUACGUGUGGUCGUGUGCCAACGCCAGCAACGCGUCGCCCUGGAGCCCGGAUUCCGAAUACACGCGGAUCGGUUCGCAGCUGCUCGACGUCGAAUGCAUCCUGCCGUCGUUCGUGCGGCUCGACAACGCCAAGAUCCGCGAGCGGCCGGCGGCGGACGUCCAGGCUCAUCGGGAGUACUGGCUGCCCUGGUUCACGCUGCAGGUGCUGUACCACACCAUCCACGCCGUGCUCAACCACCCCUUCCUCUACUCGCAAAAGGCCUCCCAGCACCGCAAGGGCCCCAACGUCUUCUGGCGCGCCUCGUCCGAAGCCGCCGUCGUGCACAGCACCUGGAUCACCAACAUGCUGGACCUGGCCCGCGAGAAGGACCUGGUCUUGUCCGACCCCGUGCUCGCCCACGCCGCCGCCAUCGCCGCCACCUUACACUUCUACUUCAGCCGCGCCGCCGACUCCCGCAUUAGCCACGGCGCCGCCGUCAACCUGAACAAGUGCCGCUCGUUUCUGCGCCGCAUGGCCCGCCAUUGGCCCCUCUGUCGCUCGAUUAGUGACACCCUCGACCAACUGAUCGACCUGGCCGAAUCGACGGCCGCGGCCACCGCCGCACAGUCCAACUCCAACAGUGUGGCCAUGAACACGGCGUUGAUGUGGAGGAUUCCCGACCUCGCCACCCCGCGCGGCAGGGCCUUGACCGGAGACGGCCUGUUCCAUCCGUCCAUCCUCGACAUGUCGCAGUCUAAAGCCCGCCAGGACCACACAAGCGUCGCCGGCCCGACUGUGCGGCCGGAGAACCCCCGAAUUCGCCCUUCGCCCAAAUACCUCGUCGUGCCUCCCGACUGGUUCGCGUCCACCACCACGGCGACGGCGGUUCCCUCCACCUCCACCUCUACCUCUAUCUCUACUCCUACUCCUACCCCCACUCCUACCCCCACUCCCACUCCCACUCGUAUCUUUGUACCUGCCACUGCCGCUGCUCCGCCGUCGGCGUCUCAGUCGUGGCCACGUUCAAGUUCGAACGUGGGGUUGAGUCCGGCUCCGGCUCCGGCUCCGGCUCCGGACCAGAUGAGCGGCAGCCAGCAAAUGCCCGAAAUGCUCGGCCUUGGCUCCUCUUGGAUUGAGGACCCUGACAACGAGACAUUGAUGGACAUCACCUAUGACUCUUUGGCCCAGUACUACGAUCGAGGGGGCACGAAUUCGAAUUCGGCCUGGUGGGAUUAUGGAACUCUCUAA